AUGCACCCCCCAUUCGCGCUCAACGGCCCGCCGCAAAACCCCCUCCAGACCCCCAUGCAGGCCAACUUCUUCCCACAGCAGCCUGGCGCGCCUGGCCGCCCGUCGUUGCACCGAAGUCACCCCAGCGUCAUGCAGCUCGCCGCCGCGGGCAUCUUGCCCCCACCAGGCAUGCCGAUGACGCCACUCGGGCAGGGCGUUUUCCCGCAGCCCAUGGUCCCCGGGCUGGCACCGUUCGCGCCGCCCUUCGUGCCGAGAAGCAAGCGUUCGGCGAGCAUGAGCGUAGGGGGGCCGCCGAAGGCCGUGCUGGGGGGACCGCAGAGGAAAGUGAGUCCGAUGCCUGCGACGCCGGCAGCGGCGGUAGCAGCGCCGGCCACGCAGCCACAAAAGCCGAAGAAGGUGCUCGUUAACCUGCCUCGAGAGACGAUCCCUGGAGAGGGCGACGAGCCGCCGACCCGUGCGUCGUUUGCACGAGUGCCUCUUGUCGAGUCAGAAAUACCCGUGCAGGACGAAGUGAGAUACCCCGAGACGAGCACCGUCGAGCUAUACCCACCGGACUCGUGGAGAAACCAUUUGCCGCCCACUGUAGAUGUGUUCCUUCCUGGCAAGGCCGCAUGGGACGGGAUCAAGCAGAGGAUCAUCGAGGAGAAGUUGCAGAAGUUGGGAGUAGAGCGAGGGAGCGGCAGCUCCGUUCCUCAUAUACACGCCCCACACGCGCGUGCGGCCUCGAUUUCCUCACCAGCCGAUCCAGCUCUUCUCUUCUUUAAGCUCAACAAGCUGCAGCAGUCGCAGAACGCGUCCGUAUCCAACUCUCUUUCCACCUCACCGCAGCCGCCCGUCAACCUCUCCCCGUCCCCCAGCCAGCUCCCGCCCCGAUUGCAGAAUCAGAACAGACAUGGACACAGCAUCUCUCUCGCGCAGCCCUCGUCGCGCCAUUCUCCCAUGUACAACCCGUCUGGUGCGUUUAAUCCGUUCGGGCCGAACGCGACACUUGGCUCUGACCAAGUCCUCACGCGUAUUUCGCCCGCCCCUCCUUCUGCUGCUGCUGCACCCUCCUCAGAAAUCAUUCAUGCGCCGCAGGGCCGCGUGCCCACAAGCGUCGCAUCGCUUGCCCCACCCCAAGUUGCAUCGCGCCCGGAGUCGCGUCCAGAUUUCUUCCGCGGGUUCGGCGUCGAAAUCCCAGAGGAAGAAGAGCCGGACGAAGAGGAGGCGCCUGCUCCAGACGCUAUCGCGGACGAUGUCUUCGAGGUGGCCCCUGCGGAUACUACUGUCGCGUCUGCGGAGGGCACGGAGCUGGACGGCAUGAGCACGGUUGCGCAGAGCAGAAUCCAUUCCCGGCACGUCUCGAAGCUCUCUGCCGCGCUGUCCCUACGCUCUGUCGGGGGCGGGCUGGCGGACGAAUCCAUGGAGCUUACUGAGGAAGCACCCCUCCCCGUCCGGAGCCCCGCCGGCGAGCUUGCCGUGGUGGACCUUGAUGGGGAUGAGGACCAGGAGGGUGAUCACGACGUCGAUCCUGACCAGGAGGCUGUUGGCGAAUGGACAGGCUCUGAGGAUCUGCGCACCACCGAGACGUCUGACGAUGAGAGCAUCGGCGAGUGGUCGAACCCGUCAGACGAGGAGCGUGCGCGUCAACUACGCCUCCACCGUCGUAUGAUGCGUCGUGUAAAGCAGGUGAAGCAGGAGCUCGAGAUCCCUCGCCGGAUCCCGGACUUCCCCCGCCCGCCUGCUAUGCCUGUCCCUGUACCGGGCACGGCCGAGAACGUCGACGACGACAUCGUUUCAAAUCCGAGCGACGAGGGCCAUGGGCCGUAUGCAGAGUACUUCGAGCAGCAGGCGGCAGCUGGCAGGCGGCCUCUUCCGCCUCUGCCGCACUCGCGCAGCGGCUCUCAGUACUCCGCGCAAACUGGGCAUGAUCCCGCCCUCGCCCAUUCGCGGAAUGCAUCAGAGCAGUAUCUCACUCCCGGCGGGUUGCACCCCCGUCCUUCCCAGCUGCCCCAGCCUCAACCUGCACUCGCUCCUCGCACAGAUCUCAACCCACUUGCGAAGCCGUUCGUGUUCGGAGCGAGUCGACAGUCAGGAUCGUUCGCUCCUAGCAUGUUUAGCAGCUCUUCUGGGACUCCUGGCAUCGCAACUCCUCCCACUCAUGCUCGUGCUCCGUCGUUCGGCAAGCCCCUCAACGUCGCUGCGCCGGAGUUCAAGCCUGGAGGCUUCACCUUCCGUCCGCCCCCAGGCGUACCUCAGCUCACGUUCCAACCUGUUCAGCCAAUCCAGCCGCCUCAGCCACCUCAGCCGCGUCCCUUGCCAACGCCUCCUGCCCCCGCGGAACCUGCGCGCGCGUCGCAAGGCAGGGAGAAAAGACAGCGCAGGUCGAGCGACUCGUUCGAGAGCGACGGCGAGGGCGAGGACGAAGACGGUGUCAAUACCAUGCACUCGUUCCGCUUCCCUCCCGCUGCCUCCGACUCGACGCCUGCUCGUCACUCUGCCCCUGCCAGCCCCCCGGUCAACACCGUCGGGGUCGACAAGCAGAGCGGGCUUAACGUCGCUGCGAAGCCGUUCACGUUCACCGGCUCUCUGCCGUUCCUGCCUCAGCACAAGGACGACAUCCCGCGGUCGCCUGGGUUCAGCGAUGACGAGGAGAACGACGAGAACAAACCCAUUCUGCCUGCCCCUCCCGUGUCGAUGCCUGUCCCGCAAAUUGGUGCUGAGGAGUUGCCGUUCCCGCCUACGUCGAAACCAAAGCGUGCGCCCAUCCCGCUCGACUUCAAGCAUCCCGUCUCGACAAACACUGUUCCCGCCGGGCUCUUCAAGGCCCUCGUCAACAAUGAGGACGGGGAGCGCACCCGCAGGACCGUCCGGUCACGCCUCAGCUCGCGAGACAUCUACGAGCACAGCCCCAGGCAGUCCCUCGACGACCUUCACGUCCCUCCCAUCUCGCAGCGCACUGGGCGCAACCGCCUGUUCACUGAUCCCGGCUUCCGCGACCGCGACGAUUCGCUGGAGCGCGACGACGUCUUCAGCGUGCGCCGCCCGCGGCGUUCGUCGCUUCCCCCGAGACGUAACGAUGACGAGGAUGACGAGGAGUCGAUGUCGGAGAUUUCGGUCGCGCCGAUGAACCUGUCGAAGCGCAUCGAGAUGCAGCAGUACGAGCAGCGGCUAGAGAAAUUGCUCGAGGAGAAGUUCGAGACUAUCAAGCGGACACUCAACGCGUACAAGUCGGCCGCGAGUAAUGGUCAGGCUAUCAACUCGUCGACGGAGGCUAUGAUCUCGGAGGUCGUGACGCUGUUCCGUGCGCAGCUCCAGGAGUCUGCUGCUCGUCAGCUGGAUGAGGGUCUGAUGGACGCGCGUGGAGAGUUCGACUUUGAGCUCCUCAAGGGUAUCAUCGAGCAGAGCCAUGAAGAGUCCCGUGCGGUCCUCCAGAGGGAGAUCGCUACCCUUCUUCAGCAAGCUCAGCCUAACAUCCCGCGCGACCGCGACGCCGAGCUCCAGCGGCUCAUUGAGGACCUCGGUAACAGGACUAUCAACACGCUUGCUAACGCGAUGUCCCAGCUCGGCGCGCGCAUCCAGGCGAUGGAAGCCUCCCGCGCACCGUCGACGAACAACGAACAUCUGUUCCAGGAGUUGUUCCAGAAGUUGCUCCCGCACAUUGCUGCGCUACGCAGCGAUCCAAUCGACUACGACGUCCUCACCGCUCGUCUUGCCCAAGCUGUCAAACCGAACAUCUCGCAGCUCAUCGACCUCGCGUCGGACAAGCGCGAGACGGCCGGCCUCAUCGUCGAUAAGCUUGUGCCGAUCCUGCCAUCGCUCCAGCCUCAGAUCGACCUGGAGUCUGUCGUUGGCCGCUUGACGUCGGAGCUCAAGACGAUCGUCGGUCCCUUGGAUCCUCACGAGAUGAAGGAGCAGGUGUCGGACCUCGUCGUAGAGCGUUUGGACUCGCGCCUUGCCGUUCGUGACCGCCCACUCAACGUCGAUGCGAUUUCAGAUAAGGUCACGGAGAACGUGCGCGGCCUUGUUGCUCCGCUUGCGGAUGUACAGCGCAAGCUCGAGGAGCUCGCCAACAAGGAACCAGUUGUUACUCCCCACCAGGUCGAUCUCUCUGCAAUUCAGAAGGACAUCUCAGAUGUGCUGGCCGACCUUCCUCAGCGUCUGUCUGCUGCUGUUGAGGCCCUGGACAGUGCACAGAACGAGUUCAAGACGAAGGCUGCCCGUCCCGAGAACGAUGCCUCCAGCAAGAUUCUACGCAAUAUUGAGAACGUCGUAUCUACCUUCUCUGCCGAGCAGAAGAAGCUCGUCGAGCAGAACACCGAGUUCUCUGACUUCUGCCAGGAUAUCAUCAAGCACAUCAACUCACUCCCGGAGGCCAUGGUUAAGGCGACCGAGGUCCUACAGAACGCCCACGCCGACUUCGCUGCACGGGACACGUCGCAGAAGGAUUCUGAGGAGAUACGUAGACUCAUGAGCGAGAAUUCGGGUCUGCAAGUUCAGCUCGCGAAGGCGCGCGGGGCGCACGGACAGGUCCGCGUGGAGAAGGACAUGCUCAGCGACCGGGUGAAGGCUGUUGAAGCCGAGCGCGAGAAUCUUAAUCUGCGCGUGGAGGCGCUGCAGGAUUCGAUCUCGAAGAAGGCGGGCGAUACUGUUGCGUUGGAGGCGAAGAACGCGGAGCUUGAGGAGGCGCUUGCGCGUGCGCUAGAGAGGCUCAAGGCUGCUGAUGUUCAGGCGCAGAGUCAGCAAGAGAAGCUUGCGGAGCUAGAGAAGGCCAAGAGCGGGCUCGCCUCAGAGAACCAGCAGCUCAAGGCCAGAAUCGAGUCGCUCGAGGUCAAGGUCACAUUCAUCACGCGGGAGAAGGACACACUCGCAGACGAGAUCGUAUCGCAGAAGACGCUAAACGCAGAGCUUGUUUCACAGCAGAGCCACUGGGACGAGCUCCGUCAAGCUACGGAGCAGAUUCAGCUCCUCACGAACCUUGUUGGUCAGGUUGACAUUGAGGAAGUGAAGGAGCUCCGGGCUAUCCGUGAUCGCAGCAAAGUGCUCGAAGGAGAGCACGCAGCCCUCCAGCGCCGCGCGAAGGAGUUCGAGACGAAGGUGGCCAAUUAUGAGAAAGUCGCUCAGUCGUCGCGCCAGAGUCUCCUCCAAGCGAGGCAGCGCGCGGAGGAGUGGGAGAGGCGCGCGAAGGAGGCGGAAACCCAGCUUGAGGUCACGCAGUCGAAGCUCGACGAGGUUGAACAGGCUCAUUCUCAGCUCGAUGCGGACUACUCGCUCGUCAAGCUCCAGCUGGAGGAGAGAGAUGCCGAGGAACGCCUGGAUAAGGACCGGCAGAACAAGCUGCGCGACCAGAUCGCCUCAUUGGACGGUCAGGUCACGCGCCUGCAAGCCGAACUAGACAAGGCCAAGAAGGCCAAUACUACGACUGCACCCACUGUCCUCCAGCCCACCGCGCGCUACCAGAACGGCAAGACGCACCCUCCCCCUCGCCCCGACUCUCGUGCAAGCACUGUUUACAACCAAAGCCGUGCCGGUACGCCGAAGGCCCAGUACAACGGCACGACCAACGACGUUCGCGUCGUCACGCCCCCGCAAGCCUCCGUCAGGGAUUCGAUCCACGCACCCUGGCGGCAGUCGACGCUCCAGCCGCCGGUGACCCCGAAGUCGAGGUAUCCUUCACACUACAAGAACUUCAGGGCGCCGUCCCCAACGCCCAGCGUCGUCUCGGCCGCGCCCACGCUCGGCGACGACGGCUGGUGGUCAUAG